AUCACCAAACUCUUGUGUAUACAUUGUUAUCAUAUAUACAUAUAUAUACAUGGUUUAGGCAAAAUAAAACCAAACCAAUGGAAAUGAAAGAUGAAGCCAGUUCUGUUUUGCGUGAUUUCUGAUUCUUUAUUCUUCAAACAAUUUUAGCAUAGAAGCACUUGAUGUAUUUGAUUGAAUAAAUUUGACAUUCAUUCAAAAAAAAAACCAGUGAGAAAGCUAAAGAACAUUUACCAAAGUUACAUAAUAAACCAACUACUCUAAUUGAUCAAACAAAUGGUUACGUUAAAAGAAUAUUUAACCAAAUAUUAUGCAGUAUAUCAACUACUCUAGUACACUAAUUCCUCAGACGUAUGAUGCCAAUGAUAAUGAAAGUAAGAAAAGUUUGAAAACACAUUCGUUGGAAAUAGUCGUGGAAGGGACCAAAGAAGAACUUUAAUCAAAAUGUCGACAUUAGAAGUAGAGACAAGGAAAAAGUUUCAUAAAACCAUUUUUUACUUAAUCAUGGACUGUGUGACAAUCUAUUGGGAUGUAACUUAAAGUAGAUCCAAAGAUUAUACAAUAAAUUAACUACUCUAAUUGAUAAAGCCAAUUUUUAAGCUUAAGAAAACUUAAUUAACCAUAAUUGUACAAUAAGUCAAGUACUUGAAUAACAUGUCCAGUGCCCAGCUCUUUGAUAUUGUCUGUUGUCAUCAAUGUUUAGUUUAUGAUGUAUGAAAUGUGUGAAAUUAUUGAGCUCAAUGAUUCUAUUUUUUCCAAAAAUUCUGAUCCUUCGCUUCUUGGUUUAUCAAAAUUAGACUACUUUUAUUGCUUAUUUAGGAAAUGUGUUCGCCGGUUCAAUUCAAACCAAGAACCGCCAAGGCGCCAACUAUAUGUACGUAUCGUCAUAUUUACCUGUCUAGGACUUAAGUAACACGUGAGCUGUCGGCAGAGAGCCAGCAUUCCUCUCCAGCUACAGCUGCCUUGCUAUCCCAAUUCAAAAAUAGAUUAUCUUACAAUAAGAUGGUAUGUUUGACACGCAUAGUUAAAAAUAAUUUUGAGGUCAAAGAUGAAUAACCAUCUCAUUUUGUUAUCUUACUGAUUAGAAAUGGCUAAGACUGUUUAUUUAGGCUGUCCUAGUUGACGAGAUCAUGUUAUUUUAAAGCAAUACAACUUAGAAGCGCCAAAAUAAACAAGAGAACACCUGGACACUAUAUUUAGCCCUAAUCUCUGCUUAUUAUAGAGAUAUUUAUGGGAUUUGGAAGAAACCAUUUGACCGGUCUUCUUAGUUCUCCCUUUGACUGGUGAAAACAAAGAAUUUUCAUUGAUAAAAUUUGCUCCAAAAUGGAUGCGCAAGAGGCAACUUGGCAUAGAGAGAUGUGGAACGGCCAGGUGAAAAGAACAGACAUGGGGACUAAUAUGUUUUGCGAAGUAUCUCCACAUAUAAUGUUGAACUCACACGGCGCCUGGGAGAAGUUGGCUUCUGGGCCUACAGCAAUGUCAUUCUGGGAGUAUCCUCUUCCCAAAAUAGAGAUUGCAAUUCUCUCCACAUUCCUAUCAUGGCGUUUCUUUGAUAUCUUGUUCAAGAAGUUAGGUGUUCCUAUUCCAAGGUUCACCUCCAUGAUGCUUGUUGGUGCACUCUUAAGCGAGACGUUUCAGUCGAGUAAAAUGGCAUGGUUUCAACGUAUCUUUGUCUGUGACAUUUAUAUGCCAAGGGUUGCUGAGACCAUUGGUACGUUUGCCUUUGUCCUAAACUGGUUCCUAAGAGGUGUGACUACGAAUAUUGGCAUGGUUAAAAAUUUCAGAACUAGGAGUACUGUAAUUGGAGUCGCGGCAAUGAUAAUCCCAUGGUAUAUCGGAAAACUAGUCUAUACCUAUAGAGAGAAAUCUAGUGACCUAACGAUGACGAAUAUGGAAUAUUCUGUAAUUAUAUUAACCACGAGCAUGGCUCCCUUCACUUGCAUCAACAUGCUCCUUACAGACCUCAAGGUAGUUCACACUGAGUUCGGACAAAUAGCUCAGUCUUCGGCUAUGGUAACCGAUGUGCUUGCUUUUACCAUGACCAUAUCGUCUCAGAUUAGCCGUGACUAUUAUUCUGGUAUGCGGAUGGGAUUAGCUUUAAUGGUCUUCUUUGUUUCCUUGUACCUUGUACGACAAGUCAUGCUUUGGGUGGUCAGACAUACACCAGAGGGAGCACCUGUGAAGAAUAUCUAUAUCUACAUUGGUCUCCUGCUAGGUUACUUGGCUUAUAUUUUCUGGGACUACUUCUUGUUCUUCGGACCGCUUGGGGCCUUUGUUCUUGGUUUGGCUAUCCCAGAAGGGCCGCCUUUAGGAUCAGAGUUUAUAAGAAGAUUCGACAGUUUCAACGAGGGCAUCUUCUUACCUCUCUUUGGAUCACUUACCAUGAUAAAACUAGAUUGGUCAUUUAUAAUAAAGGAGCUUGGAAGUGGAAGGCAUCUCCAUGGACAUACCUACGAGUGUCUUUCAUUCCUUUUCAUCAUAUAUAUGACAAAGUUCACGACUUCUUUUUUAACAGCCAUAGCUUCAAGAAUGCCUUUGAGAGACUCAGCUAUCCUAGGUAUCAUUAUGGGCACCAAGAGUAGUUUUGAGUUAGCUUACAUACUCUACGCAUUCGAUAAAGAAAGAGUUGGCUUGGAGGUUUUCACGCUCAUGGGCAUAUACAUUCUCAUAAACUCUUUGUUAACACCAAUGGCUAUACAUUUCUUGUAUGACCGGGAAAAAAGAUUUGCGUCAUAUGGAGAAAGAAGUCUCAAACAAAAGCCGGAACUACAAAUGGUGGUGUGCAUUAGCAAGCCUGACAACAUAACAUCCAUGAUCAAUCUUCUAAGAGCUACUGCCCCAUCUAAAGAAUCCCCACUAAUGUGUUGUGUUCUUCACCUAAUAGAGCUUGUAGGUAAAGCUACUCCCACGUUUAUCUCCCACCAGCUUCAGAAACCAAAGCCUGGAAGCCAAUCUUACUCGGAAAAUGUCAUAAGCUCUUUCCAAAUGUUUCAAGAUAUUCACCUGGACUACACUUCUAUACACAUGUUCACCUCUUUAACUUCCGCUAAAGAGAUGCAUGAACACAUUUGCUGGUUUGCUCUUGAUAAAAAUUCAAAUCUUAUACUACUCUCUUUUCACCGCAAUUGGGGCCCCAGUGGUUAUGGCAUUAUCUCCGACGAUCAAACCCUGAGAAAUCUUAACCGCAGCGUCCUGAAACGAGCACCUUGCACUGUCGGAAUUCUUGUUCACCGGAAACCAAUAUGGCAACCCAAACCCGUAGAAUCUCCAUGCAGGGUAUGCUUGGUUUCCGCGGGAGGGAACGAUGACAAAGAGGCAUUAGCAUUAGCAGACCACAUGAGAGGUAACCCAAAAGUGAGUCUAACGGUGCUAACUCUGAUCCCUAUGUCUAUAGCCGAAGAGAGAGGCGGCGAGUGGAGCCAGAAUCAAAUGGUGGACACGUGCCUGGUUGAAGAGAGGCCUGGAGAUAACUCGAUAACGUACAUUGUUAGAAUGGUGGCGGAAGGGGGAGAAACUUCAAAGAUUCUACACUCGGUGGCGUAUGACUAUGACAUGUUCAUAGUCGGGAGAAGUAGCGGGAAUGGUACCGAGGCCACCAGAGGACUCGGGGACUGGACUGAGUUCGAGGAACUUGGUAUCAUUGGAGAUUUGUUAGCAUCUGAAGAUUUUCCUUCUAGAGCAUCCGUCUUGGUCCUCCAACAACAAGUUCCAUGAGAGUUAAUUUAGUCUCCUUAAUCUAGCUUCAGUCUUCUUUUUCCUUUCCCCCUUUCUUUGGUUUUGUUUGUUGACUGUAAUGAAAAUAACACACAAACGCUCAAUUUUUAUUAUUUUUUCGUGAUGUAAAGAUAGAAUGUAUAUUCCAAGAAAGUUCAAACGAAUUUUUUUAAAAUUUUUUGAGAAAUUUAGAACAAUACACUAGUAUUGAAAUAUAAAUUUAUGAAUUACUGUUAAAUAUUUUAACAAGUGCUGUUAACAUCAAACAUUGAUUUACAGAUGAUAACAUGAGAACUUGUUAAUUUUAAACGGCUAAUAUAAAAGUUAUAUUAUCAAUUAAUAGUCCAAAAAUAAUUAAAAAUCAAACUAGAAAGAGUUAGUAAAAAAAAAUCCCAAAU